AUGACGGGCAUGACAAGAGUCGUGAUCAUUCAGGACGUCAAUAUCACGCAAAAGUAUCAGGAACUUCUGCGUAAAUUGACGUCCAUGGGCGGCGAGAAGGUUGGAAGGCACGUCGUGCACUGCCGUCUAUUCAACCGCAAGACGCUCACGGAUGGCUACAUCAACCAGCGCAUGUUCAUGCUGAGGAUGUCACAGAACGACGACCUCGUGUACACGGUGCUGGCCAAUGAAAAGGCGCACGGAGUAGCGGCCAGUGACAACGGGGUGGAAGGAAUCAUGGAGGACUGUUCGUUGCUCGAGUGCGGGCUGGACGGAGCCAAUAUCCUGCAGCAGGUGGAGAUCUACGCUUUCAAGUCGGAUGGCCAGUUUGAGGGCACGCAGUACAUCGUCGGGGACUUUCGAGUGAGCGUCUGUACGUUCAUAUCCCGUAACAACUUGCCGCGAGGACUCGUUGUUGAAGUGCAGUACGCGCCGUGCUACACGGUGUCCCAUGUCGACAUGCUGAUUGACGAGUUCCUGAGCAACUUUGCCUCGCAUGGUCAGUUGCGCAAACCCGUGGAAAACAUGCUGGCGCUCUUUGAGAAAGCAGGGCUACCGAACAGUGAGUACAGUCUCAAGCACACGGCACUGCAGUACGUUGCCGCGUUCAAUAUUUUGCGCAAGUUUGAAAAGUAA